AUGAGUAAAACCUCCCAAGGCAAAGGAUCACGCUGUUUCAUUCUGUAUGUAAACAUGGGUAAGAAAGACAAAAAGAAAGGCAAUCCCAAAUCACAUAGUAGACAGAUUAACAGAAAAGUUGAUGAUGAAACUGUAAAUUACUAUUCACGUAUUGCUGCAACUUUAGACGAAGGAUUUGAGGGACAAGAAGAACAAGAGUUAUUUCUACAUAAUGUGUUCAUCCAACUUGAAAAAGAAGAUAUUCAUGUGUUUAUGCACCCAUCUCUACAGGAAGUUUUAGUGAAGCUAACAGAACUGUCUAGUAUAGAACAAGCCACUAAACUGCUACAAAUUCUCAAAGAAAAUACAGAAGAACUAUUGAAUGAUGGGAAAUCCAGGAAAGUUAUGUGUAGUCUACUCCUUCAGGUAGCUGAGUUUGUAGAAAAAGACAUAGACAGUCAGAGAAGUGAAGAAAAUGAUGACCACAUGGAAGAAUUAAAAGAUGUUUUUCUGGAGAUUUGUCAGAGUCUCAAAGGAGAUGUUGAAAAUGUCCUUGUUGUGAAAACCGUUUUGCAGAUUUUGGGUGGCCAUGUCAACAUUUCAGCAAAAGAACUUGGAGUCAAAAGAACAAAGACUGCAUGGUCCUAUACUCCACCAAUAGAAUUUAUUCAAACAUUUCAUGAAAUGUGUGACACCAUAUUUAGUUUAGAGGAUAUUGAGAAGAAAGUUGAGCACAACAAAGCAAGUAUGGUUCUGACACAUAUAUUCCCUCUCCUUCACAAAGUGGACCAGGCAGCAUGUCACAAAUUUAUAAGGAAGUAUCUGACCAUGUCAUCAGUUCUACAGGACUAUGAAAAGUUUCUCUGGCUUGUGUCUGACAGUCGAGGCUCUUUCUUAAUGCAGACAGUUAUAGAGUGUUCCUCAGACGAGAUCUACACUGAGCUAUAUACAUCAGUUUGUAAGGGGCACCUGCUAAAUCUUGCUAUCCACCCACAAGCUAACUUUGUCUUGGAGAGCCUCAUAGCUAGGGCUGUUGACAAAGACCAGUUUGAGGAUAUAUUCAUGGAGUUGAAGGAAAAUUUUGAGGAUGUUCUUGCCUUCAAUCAUUUGAGGAUCAUCAGCAGUUUGGCCAAAGCCUCCUUGAAAUUGAAAACAUGCCAGAUGAAGCUAGUCAAGCAUUUAAUGAGAGCUUUCCACUGCUUUGAGCCAGAAGAUCGCCAAGGAUUGUUUGUCCCUCUUCUUGCCACCUUAACAACAUAUGAAGUUUAUUUUGGGAUUGAAGAGGGCUCAGACAAACCAACAAAAGAGAAUCCAACAUUAGGGAAAGUGAACAUACAUGGCUCUCUCAUUCUACAAACAUUGCUCGAGUUUAAGAACCCUAAAUAUGUUGUAAAUAGUUUCUUACAAAUGACCCCAGAAAAUCUUCGUAACAUGGCAUGUGAUUCCUCUGGAAGUCGUGUGAUGGAAGUUUUCUUUAAAAGUUGUACUGUGACAGAGAAGAAUAAAGCAGCCAUGGUUGAUCAGCUCCAGGAUGUGUUACAAGACAUUGCAUGCAGUUCCUGUGGAUCUUGGAUCAUUGAGACCAUGUGGAAAGAGCUCCCCCUUCAAAAGAAAACUGAUAUUGUAAAGAUAUUGGCAAAGCAUGAGAGACGCCUAUCUAAUGACCAGUAUGGCAGAUACAUUCACAAGAACUGUGGAGUGUCCACUUACAUACACAAUGUUAAAAACUGGAAAGAAAUGCAGACAAGUAGUCAGAAAAAAAGAAAAAUGUUUCAGGAAAUUCUUGAAGCACCUGACAUAAAGAAAAAGAAGAAGAAAAAAGCCUAGUUUUGUGAAUUGAGUAAACUUAGAAAUAAAAGAUCUUUUUUAUUUGU